ACUCGAUAUCGUGUUUAUCUGGCUUCCCUAUUUUUCGCUGUAGAAAUAAACGUGACUUUGAACUUGAAAGUAAAAAAAAAAUAAAAAUAAAAAAAAAAACAUAUUACUCGUAUAGUAAACUAAUAGUAACAGUAACAAUUAUCACACCUUAUAGUUAACACCUACAUUUUCUUUCGUGUAAUUAGAUCGCUACAAGUAAUAUCUUUAAAAAACCUUGAAUUUGCUGAAUAAUUCUCAAAGGAAGACAGCGAAAGAAAUAUCAAAUACAUAACCAUGAUGAACAAUGGUGGGGCUUAUGGAGGUGGCAAAGCUGGGGGGACAUUUGAUCCAAUCUCCUUUGCCCAGCGGCCACAGGUUAUUCUUCGAGCCUUAUGCUGGCUUUUUUCCAUCAUUGUUUUUGGGUGCGUGUCUUCGGGAGCAUGGCGCGAGGAAAACGGCAAAGAAGUUUGCCUCUUUGACAACGAUGCAGCUGCAUGUAAAUAUGGCUCUAUAGUUGGAAUCUUUGGAUUUCUGGGCUCAAUGGGAUUCAUUGCUGGAGAAUAUUUUUUCGAACAAAUGUCAUCUGUUAAAAGCAGAAAACAUUAUGUCUUAGGUGAUUUGGGAUUCUCGGGUUUCUGGGCAUUUCUUUAUUUUAUUGCUUUUAUCUAUUUGUGGUCUCAAUGGAGUUCUGCCGCACCACCACCAUCAGGAGAAGGCGUUGGUUCUGUGCAAGCUAUCAUAACAUUUUCUUUUUUUUCGAUCUUCACAUGGGCAGGAUGUGCUUUCUUAGCUUACAAACGAUUCUUAAUUGGUGCAGAAGCUGCUUUUGCUUCCACAUUUGAGUCAGAUCCAGCGAAUCAGGAAUAUACAAACUAUCCAAUGGAAAAUGAAGCGGAUCAAUAUAGCCAGUCACCGUUUACUGGACAACAGCAACAACAACAAGUUCAAGGCGAAUAUCAACAACCUACUUACUAAGGAACCCCCCAAA